UGCUAUCUUCACACUACAUUGCAGAUACGGAUACUCCGCGCGCGAAUUGGCAGAUGCGAACGACGUACGCACAUACCACACGCCACGCCAAAACCCAGCCUCUCCCGCGUGUCCUUUGUGAAAAGAGGCAUUGUUUUAUUUUAUUUCAUCUUUAAAAAAAAUACUUCUGACGUUUUACCCCUCCGACCGCCGCCGCCGCCGCCGCCGCCACUACCAGCCCCUCCACGCGCGCCAUCAGAGCUCAAUCAAAGUCAUCGCGACGGACGUUCUUAGAACCUGACAAAACCUUGUCGCGAUACACGAUCGCCUGCGCGCAUUCCGCCACUUCCUCCGCCUCUCCCUACUCCCACCCUUUGAAGUAACAGAACAAACGUUGCCCAACAUGUCCGGCUGGGUGGAUUGGUCCAAGACCACGCAAUCCCGCAACUAUCGCGGCUCGACCUCGUUCGCGACGUUCAUGAUCAUCGGACCGACCUGCUUCUUCCUCGGCAUCCUCUUCGCCUCGUUCCCCUACGACUUCCCCCUCCUCUGGACCUCGGCGCCCGUCCCGGACACCUUCUUCCAGCACCUCGAGACCCACCUCAAGUUCAUGCACCAGUCCCCGCCUCUCAUCGGCCGCCUCCUUAACAUCAUUGUCUUCACCGGCUUCCUCGGCUUCUUCAUCAAGCUCUUCCGCCCCUCCGAGGCCAACGUCCUCUUCGACGGCGCCUCCCUGGUCCUGUACCUCAUCGGCGUCGGCGUCUACAUCACCAACAUCGUCAAGGGCCUGCGCUCCGUCUCGGCCGGCAUCUGGGACGACCCCAACUUCACCGGCGAGGUUACGGACGGCCAUGUCGAGGGCGAAAUCAUCCUCGGCAAGGAGGACAGCCUGAAGGUCCUAGCCGCGAGCAACACCAUCCUCGCGCUCGUCCUCGUCGGCGUCUUGGUGCUGCAGGCCGGCCAGUGGUAUGCCGAGCGCAAAGACCGCGAGGACAUUGUGAAGCUCGAGCAGGAGGAGAGGAGCAACAGCAAGGGUUCCGGGUCGCACAAGAAGAAGCAGUGAGGGCGGCUGAUUGACCGACUGCCGCUCUGAUUCCUGCUGCGCUCAGAACGUGGAGUGCCGCAGCGUCGCUUGUUGUAUUUGGUAUAUGCUCUACCCCUGUAGAAGGGUUUCGUAGCUGGCAGCACAUCGUGCAUCUUGUGUUGUUCAUCAUCUCAUAGUCUCCACACAAGCGGCAUCACACGUACGAAGGCAAUAUUAAGUUACACUCGUAGUGUUUUUUUCC